GCACACACAAAAUUUGCUCUCACGUUAACAACUAAAACUUAAAGAUGAAGAUCUCGCUCUUUGCUAUUGCCGGUCUGGUCGCCAGCGUCGCAGCGGACCCAGGCACUCUCGAUGUCAUGAAGGGCCUCAUGAAGGACGCUGUCGCCUACCACAAGACUAUCAACGAUUGGGACGGAAGUUAUAAAGGUGGCGUUUCCCUCCUUAUGGAGACCCGCACCCUCGUCAAAAAGAUGCAAGCUGCUGAGGCUCACCCGGAUGUGAGAGCCCCUAAUUCUAGCGAGGAUCCAAACUCAGAGGAGGAAGCCUUUCAAGUUGCCAACGCUCUCACGAAGGAAAUUGGGGAUACGGUAGAUGCCGCCAUCGCCAAGAAGGCACAGUUCUAUGCUAUCCCCCUUAUUGGUAAGAAGCUGGCGCUUUCCAACUUUCAGAACCUGCGAGGCGCGGCAUCCAACUUGGGCAAAGUGUUGGCUAUCAAAGGCGCUGACGAGAGACCUGAUGAGACGGCAAAGGCUCUCAAGGAUAUGGAUGACCACUUUGCCAGAGGCGAAGCUGCUUUUAAGGAUGAACUCUAGAAGUUGCAGAAUUGCGGAGAUAUGAUGAGUGAAUUGGGCAGAUUGCACCAUGAACGCUAUUUCGUUGUUGAGAAUAACAGCCCAACAAUAAAUACAAAAACAAUUUCAGUUUUCAUUUGCCACGUUUAAUAA